CUUACACGAAAAUUCCAACUAUUCUCCUCUUAAUGUGUGGUGUUGUACGCGCAAAAACAAAUUUUGGAUUUUAAGCUGCGCAAAUUAUUGUAAAAAGAAUUGAAAUAUUUUAAGUGAAUUUUAGAAAAUUGCAGAAAAUUUUAAAAUAAGUAAUUGUGUGUAUUGUUGUGUCGGUGCGCUGUGCAGGUGAAGUCUUCUCCACCUCUUCUCUGCGAAUUUACACAACUUAAACAUUCUUGUUGGCGAAAGUGAGACAACGUUUUUGACAGGGGAGCAAUUUAUAACUAAAGCAAAUGAGAGCGGGGUAAAAGAGCAUAAAAGCAACAAGACGGUACGAGUUGUUUUGCAGUGAUUGAAUCAAAUGAUUUUGGAAACGAAUGCCAUAGUUGGUGCAAGUGUGAGAAGAAAACAAAAUACGAAAACAUGUCUGAUGAUAGUAGCCGAUUAUAUUUUUCUUUUUAGUUCAAAAUUCCAUUCCCGAUCAACUUUAUCACCACCAUGUUCCGUUAGUCAAGAAUCUCAACGCCAAACGGAUACACCCUCUCCGUCUAGCACAUCAACACCUUUAUCCACACCCAAUUCGUUGCACUCUUCUAGCCUUCUUCAUGAUCAUAGCUCUGGUGCUACUGUAGGCAAACAUAAAUCUGCCUUCUUACCGUAUCGACCGCAAACUACUGUUCUCACGAAUUUGCAACGCGGAAACACUGAGGCCACGUUUUGUCCAGUUGAAGUGAAACUUUCAUUUCAUGAGCGUGCUGGUCAGGGUGAAAUCACAGAGGAUCAAGUGGAAUUUGAAAAACAACAAAAUAUCGACGCGAAAGAUUAUUUCGGUUUUACACCUCUGCACUGGGCUUGCUACUACGGACAGUUCGCAGCAGUGCAACUGUUAGUAGAUGCGGGUGCCUCCGUCAAUGCAGAAGCUCCAGAGAUGGUAACUCCUCUAUUGUUAGCCGCUUCCGGCGGUCAUCAUGAGGUGGUACGCUACUUAUUGGAAAGAGGUGCUAAUUCUUCACACAUGGACGUUAUCGGUAAUACUGCCCUAAUGUACGCAGUCGUCGGUAAUCAUCCACAUACGUGUAAUGAAUUGCUGACAAAAGAUCCAGACAUGACGGCCACAAACGAGAAUGGUGACACCGCUUAUUCUCUUGCCGUAGAAUAUGGCGCCUUUUUGGCCCAAGCGGUACUAGAACAAUACUUAACAGCUAUAUUGUCAGUGUAGUCAAAACGAAAAGGCUUUGGUAUUAAGAUUUUUGUAAGAUAAGCAAACUGUUAAAAAGAAACCCAAAAACUAUAUACAAUUCCCUACUGCGGUCUUCGUGAGAAAGGCAGAGCCUCAUAGUCACUGUGAAAGUAGCUGAUAAAUGUGAAAAGACAACAACAAUUCCUGCGCGUCCAACCUCAAUUAACAACAGUACUCAAACGUUGGCUGUCGAGGAAACUCUGCUAUUGCUAGUGAAUCAUACCCAUGCUGCUCUGCCUCCACCCGAAGUGAAAGGAGAAAAAUUUAAUAACAACAACAACAGCAACGAUAGUGACAAUAGAAUUUGUUGUAUCGAAACCGUAACAUACGCCAGCUGCUGGUUUUGAAAGAUUGAACGAAAAUUCAAUAUUUAGCAGAGACUUCCUUAUUUUGGGUUCGAAGGAUAAAAAAAAAUAGAAAAAAGAAAAAACACGAAA